AUGGAGGCUGGAACAACGAGUUGCAAGACCUUGGAUGAGAACGGCGAGCAAAACACAAGGCAGACUGUGAAUGCCUUUCAAGACAUGAAUCAGCCCCACUAUCCAGAGAGCCAGUGGAGGAGAGCUGGGGAUGGAACCAAAGACACAGUCUCGCCACAGCAGGAAGAAAAGUUUUGCCCAAGUGCAGAAGCUCUGCAGUGCAUGCGCUCCCCUGCUGACCCAGCUAAUGUUCUAACUUUCAAAGAACAGAUGUUUGCCAGAAUGUCUGAUCUCCAUGUUCUGCUGUUAAUGGUUCUGGCGGGAAAGACAGCCUUCGGGUUCUCCCUGCUGUCUUUUCUCACAGACCCGGACCCAGAUUGGACUCCUGACCAGUAUGAGUACAGCCAAGAGGAUUAUAACCAGCAAGAGAACGCCAGCACUAUCCCUGACUAUCCUGACAACCCUGACUGGUACUACGAAGGGGAUGACCCAUGCCUGUCCAACCCCUGCACACGUGGUGGGGACUGCCUCAUCCAUGGGACCACCUUCACCUGCCGCUGUCGGGACCCUUUCUCUGGAAACAGGUGUCAGAAUGUGCAAAACAAGUGCAAAAACAACCCAUGUGGCCGGGGAGACUGUCUCAUUACUCAGAGUCCUCCUUACCACCGCUGUGCCUGCAAACACCCUUACAGGGGUUCAGACUGCUCCAGAGUGGUUCCUGUGUGCAAGCCAAAUCCAUGCCAAAACGGUGGCACCUGCUCCCGGCAGAGGCGGAGGUCCAAGUUCACCUGUGCCUGUCCUGACCAGUUCAAGGGAAAACUCUGUGAAAUAGGUCCUGAUGACUGCUAUGUUGGUGACGGCUACUCUUACCGAGGGAAAGUGAGUAAGACAGUCAACCAGCACUCCUGCCUUUACUGGAACUCCCACCUUCUCCUGCAGGAGAAUUACAACAUGUUUAUGGAGGAUGCUGAGGCCCAUGGGAUUGGGGAACACAACUUCUGCAGAAACCCAGAUGGAGACAAAAAGCCCUGGUGUUUCUUUAAAGUAGACAAUGCAAAGGUGAAAUGGGAGUACUGUGAUGUCCCUGCCUGCUCUGCCCUAGACGUUGCCAACCCAGAGGGAAGACCCACGGAGUCCUUGACCAAGUUUCCUGAGUUUGGGUCCUGUGGGAGGACUGAGAUAGCAGAGAGGAAGGUCAAGAGGAUCUUUGGAGGCUUUAAGAGCACAGCGGGCAAGCACCCGUGGCAGGCGUCCCUGCAGACCUCGCUACGACUGACCGUCUCCACGCCCCAGGGCCACUACUGUGGGGGGGCGCUGAUCCACCCGUGCUGGGUGUUGACUGCCGCCCACUGCACUGAGAUAAAAACCAAAUAUCUAAAAGUGGUGCUUGGAGACCAGGACCUGAAGAAGACGGAAUUCCAUGAGCAGAGUUUUGGGGUACAGAAGAUAUUCAAGUACAGCCACUAUAUUGAAAUAGAUGACAUUCCCUACAAUGAUAUUGCCUUGCUCAAGCUGAAGCCAGUGGAUGGUCAUUGUGCCCUAGAAUCCAAAUAUGUGAAAACUGUCUGUUUGCCCGAUGGUCCCUUUCCCUCUGGGACUGAGUGCCACAUCUCUGGCUGGGGUGUCACAGAAACAGGAGAAGGGUCCCGCCAGCUCCUGGAUGCCAAGGUCAAGCUGAUCAGCAACACGAUGUGCAACUCCCGCCACCUCUAUGACCACUCGAUCGAUGACAACAUGAUUUGUGCAGGAAACCUCCAGAAGCCUGGACAAGAUUCCUGCCAGGGCGACUCUGGAGGCCCUCUGACCUGUGAGAAGGACGGCACCUCCUACAUCUACGGGAUCGUGAGCUGGGGCCUGGAGUGUGGGAAGAAGCCAGGGGUCUACACCCAGGUGACCAAAUUCCUAACGUGGAUCAAAGCCACCAUGGAGAAGGAGGCUAGCUUCUGA